AGCCGGGGCGCGCGGGCGCGACGGAGUGGACGACGGGGGUGCGGGCCGGACGCGGGCGUCUCGAGGCUGCUCCGAGCGGGUCCGGCUGCGGCGGGUGGUGCCGGGCGGCCGUGGAGGAGCGGGCGGUGCGAUGGCCGAGGGCAGCGCCGUGUCCGAUCCUCAGCACGCCGCGCGCCUGCUGCGGGCGCUCAGCUCGUUCCGGGAGGAGUCCCGCUUCUGCGACGCGCACCUGGUCCUGGACGGCGAGGAGAUCCCGGUGCAGAAGAACAUCCUGGCUGCCGCCAGCCCGUACAUCAGGACAAAAUUAAACUAUAAUCCUCCAAAAGAUGACGGAUCCACUUAUAAGAUUGAACUUGAAGGAAUAUCGGUAAUGGUUAUGAGGGAGAUCCUGGAUUACAUCUUCAGUGGGCAGAUCAGGCUGAAUGAAGAUACCAUCCAAGAUGUGGUACAGGCAGCCGACCUGCUGCUGCUCACAGACCUGAAGACCCUGUGCUGCGAGUUCCUGGAAGGCUGCAUCGCCGCCGAGAACUGCAUUGGCAUCCGAGACUUCGCGCUGCACUACUGCCUGCACCAUGUUCAUUACCUUGCCACCGAGUACCUGGAGACUCACUUUCGGGACGUCAGCAGCACGGAGGAGUUCCUAGAACUGAGUCCACAGAAGCUCAAAGAAGUGAUUUCUCUUGAGAAGUUGAACGUGGGCAAUGAAAGAUACGUUUUUGAAGCAGUGAUUCGGUGGAUAGCACAUGACACCGAGUUAAGAAAGGUCCACAUGAAGGAUGUCAUGUCAGCACUGUGGGUUUCAGGGCUGGACUCCAGCUACUUACGGGAACAGAUGCUGAACGAGCCCUUAGUACGGGAAAUCGUGAAAGAGUGCAGCAACAUCCCGCUCAGCCAGCCGCAGCAGGGCGAGGCCAUGCUGGCCAACUUCAAGCCACGGGGCUACUCGGAGUGCAUCGUGACCAUCGGCGGGGAGGAGAGAGUUUCUCGGAAACCCACGGCAGCCAUGCGCUGCAUGUGUCCUCUCUACGACCCUAACCGGCAGCUGUGGAUCGAGCUGGCUCCUCUGAGCAUGCCAAGAAUCAACCAUGGCGUCCUCUCUGCAGAAGGAUUUUUGUUUGUGUUCGGGGGCCAAGAUGAGAACAAACAGACGCUGAGCUCAGGAGAGAAGUACGAUCCAGACACCAACACAUGGACAGCUCUGCCGCCCAUGAACGAGGCGAGGCACAACUUUGGGAUCGUGGAGAUAGAUGGAAUGCUGUACAUCCUGGGAGGGGAAGACAGGGACCGGGAGCUUAUCUCCAUGGAGUGUUACGACAUUUAUUCAAAAACCUGGACGAAGCAGCCUGACUUGACCAUGGUUAGAAAGAUCGGCUGCUAUGCAGCCAUGAAAAAGAAAAUCUAUGCCAUGGGUGGAGGGUCCUACGGAAAGCUCUUUGAGUCUGUGGAGUGUUACGAUCCACGGACGCAGCAGUGGACGGCCAUAUGUCCACUGAAGGAGAGGAGGUUUGGAGCGGUGGCCUGUGGUGUUGCCAUGGAGCUGUAUGUGUUUGGGGGUGUCAGAAGUCGAGAGGACAUCCAGGGCAGUGAGAUGGUCACCUGCAAAUCAGAAUUCUACCAUGACGAGUUUAAGAGGUGGAUCUAUCUUAACGAUCAAAACUUGUGCAUCCCUGCCAGUUCAUCUUUCGUCUACGGAGCUGUCCCCAUAGGAGCCAGUAUCUAUGUCAUCGGAGACCUUGACACAGGUACCAACUAUGACUAUGUGCGUGAGUUUAAGAGGAGCACCGGCACCUGGCACCACACGAAGCCGCUCUUGCCAUCUGACCUUCGCCGCACGGGCUGUGCAGCCUUGCGCAUAGCAAACUGCAAGCUCUUUCGCCUGCAGCUGCAGCAAGGCUUAUUCCGCAUCCGGGUCCAUUCCCCUUGAGGAAGCUGGGAGCCGAAAUCGAGAUCCUGCCCCUAGCGCGCAUCACACAGCCGUAAAGGAGAACAGAGAAACAGCCGAGCCUUGCGUGUGCUGGGCUUUGGGAUGGUUACUCUUUGGUGGUUUUUUAAUGCUUAGAGGCCUGGGCUUCUGCUCUUAUUUGGAGAAUGUGGAACUGUUGAAAAACUACCCGGGAGGAAUCAAUUCCUCUAGCUAGAUGCGUCCAUAGACCAUGGAGCCUAGUGGAUGUCCAAAGGAAGAGGGUGUGGGAUUGGUGUCAUAUAUAAUAGCAACGUCAAAAUCUUAAGGUGCGUUUUCCCUGAGGGGAAACUCAUACCCUACUGACUGCUGUGUUCAAGUGUAUGUGGCUGUGGUUUAAAAAAAAUCAUACAUGCAAAGCAACGUAUCCAACAUACCAAGAUUGUCUGUGUACUGACUUGGAAGGGUAUGCUGCACCUAGUCCUACCCAGUGAAUUGAGAUUGUCCAAUGUGUUAGCUCGGACACCAUGCCAGUUAGUUUCCAUUAUUAUUAGUGCUCUGUCCUAAGACUCUUAGAACUAUAUUAUGGUGAAUUGAAACUAAGACAAAAAUCCUCUUUUAUAACAAUCUAGUAAUGUAAAAAUUUCAGUCACCUGGAGGGGUCAAGUCCUCAGCCUUUGUGUGAACUUAAAGGAAGUUGCUUACCUUAAAGAUCCGAGUUAGUCCUGGGUGAUGCUGCGGAGUCCUGAAGGCUGCAUUCUUAGCAGAACCAUUCUCUGUUCUCCAGAAUCUUAGUUGGGAGAAGGCUUUAAAAAAGAAAAGACCCAAGUUGAGCAAGUAAUAAAGAUGGGCCAUGACUAGAACAUUAAAACAAAUUUUUAAAAGCUGUCCAGAUAAAAUACACAGGGGUCCAAACCUAGUAUCAUCUGUCUGAAAGCACACCAAGUCUUGUUUACUGUUGAGGAGUUAAGACCGUAUCUUCGAAUGCAGGUGUAUGUUUAGAAUCUCAUCUUUGUUACAGGCCUCAAUGCCACGCACUGGUAAGAAUUUCAGAUGAAUUACGCUCCAGUAACGUUCGGCUGGUAGAAUAAACUACCUCAGCUUGAUUUCAUUCUGUUCCUAUCAGAGCGAUUAUUCUCCUGUUUUCCCUCUUUUCCAUUACUCACUACCCUCUCCGCCCCACUCCCAUUAGGGACAACGAAUUCUUUCAUUAGUGGAAUUUAUUUUACAAAAAACAUUUUGUUUUCCAUUCAGAUUAGACCACCUUGAUGUGAAAUCAGGGACGUCAGUGUGCUCGGUCACUUCCUAGUUUGAACAGUAUGCAAUAUCACAUUUCUAAUACAAAGCGCUUCAUUUCUAAUUGUUUUCUACGGGUUUCUUUCUCUCAGAAUAUAGCUAUAAGAAGCAGCAUUUUAUCUUAAUGAUAACUAAGUUUAUGACUACAUCCUUUGGUUGUAAAUUUAAGAACAGGAAUUUCUUCUAGAAAGUUCCUAUGUGAGAUGUUUAUAUGCGGUUAGCGUGCAUAUAAAACAUCAGUCGUAUCCUCCCACCCAUGGACAUGAAUAAGGGCGACCUUCCUGCAGGGCUUUUCUUACACCUGCUGGGAGUAAGUCAAUGUUAACAGAAGCUGUUGAAAGGAGACCAGGCCCCUGGGGUUCUGAGAGGCUGGUCGCGGCUUCCUGUGGCCAGAGCUUCUUGGCAAGAGACGGUCCAGGUUUUUAUCUAAUGUGCAAUGGCUGUAGGCCAGACGUGCCUCCUGUUUACACCAUCCAGUCAGCUUCAACGUCAGUCAAAGCCAGGCUUGGACUGUGUUGGGUGCACAUUUCCCCCAUGAUCCAUUGUGAAGGUUUUCAGCAAAGUAAGCCACUCCUGAGAAAGAGAGCUUUAUUGAUGGCGAGAUGGUUAGCUUCAGAGGAGAGAAAGUACCAGAAGGGCCAAGCUGGCUUUGGUGAAGUACCUGCACAGAGCAGCCGUGGCUUGCCAGAGCCAAGCAGGAGCCGAAAUCCCAGGACAGCCACAGUAACUGUGCUCUUUUUUCAUUCCUGGGGUUUAAAGUUUUUUUCAGUCUGUGUCAGGCCUCUCCAAGGAGACACUUGAUUGUCCAGAUGCAAAUGGGUCUGACGGCAGUAUUACCAGUGCCUGCUGACUUGGUCAAUUCACUUUAAAAAAUACGUUUUAAAAAUUCUGCUCAUUAACACUGUAGCACAGAAAUCAGAUAAUAUUUUAUAAAAUAAAUUUGUGACUUAAAUAUGGGAUGCAAUAACCAACAACAGCUGCUAAGUGCCAAACUUAUUUUAACUAUAUAUAUGUAUAUACGCAGAUAACAUUGUGUUGAAGAGUAGGGCUCUAUUUAAUUUUAUUAUUGUUCCAAAAUCAAUCAUGACCUUUUUGUAAACUGCUCUCAUUUUAGUGUUGUGAAAUAAAUUGUACGUCAUUUCA